AUGGCAACCCUCGACCUCCUUCCCGAUGAAAAAAUCUACGACGAGGGGGAUGAGGUGCUCCCUGGUCUGCGCCCCCAUUUGGACGCGAUCCUGAGCAGCCCCGAAGGGGAGGACAUUGUGUUCAAGAUCGCCGCCAUGCUCAAGGAGUAUCUCCUCCCCGAAUUGUGUGGAUACGACAAGGGCAGCAGCCCAACCUCCGCCGAAAUGGCCCUGCGCUUCGACAACCUGUAUGAGGAGGUAUACCUACCCCUAUACAACGGGUUCCGCGGCAAACACAAGGGCUGGACGGGGUACCUGUGCCUGUUUUACAGUGAGGUGUUUGAGGCCGCGUUCCGGGCUCCAUACGACGAUCCGGCGCAAACGAAGGUCGUCGAGCUACUUCAGGCGCUCCGAGAUCUGCCUGGCCGGACUGCCAAGGUGUUUUUGGCUUCCGAGUUCUCAUGGGUCGACUCGGAGAUCUGGAGCAACGAGAUUUUGUUUGGUUGGGAGCUCUCUCACGCCAUGCCGUAUACAGGUGAGCUUACCAUACCCCUUUGCCGCUCCUUUCCUUACUUUCUUUCUGGACUCAACCUGCUUGACUUCAACGCCGCCUGCGCCCGCUGGGUCAGCGCAGCCGCCUUGAGCGCCCGCUGCACCAGCGCCGGCUUCAACAACUUGUAUAUCCACUGUUUCCCCCGCAUCGGCUACGUGCUCACCCUGGGUCUGGAGCCCGGGUUCCCGUCCCACCAGCCCACCAAGCUCGACUGCUACGUCAUGGCCGCCGCACAGUACAUCCUGCUGGCCGGCGCGACCAUUGAUGAGAACUGCGUGCGCAACCAGCUGCCGUUUCAUCGGAUGCAUCGCUGGAAGCGGUGGGCGGAUGGCAAUGGGCCGAACAUGUGGCGACUGUGGGGUGAUCGGUUCGCCGAGAUUGCGCAGGCGUUGGAUGAUGGGGUCGUGGAGGAGGAGCAGUUGGGGUUCCGACUGUUUGAGCAGAAUCGGGCUGCGUUGAGGGAGAUGGUUGGGCAGGCGAGGGAGAGGAUGGUGGAGUUGGAGCCGGCGUUGUUUGAGGAGGGGGUUGCUCAGAUAGAGAAGGGGGAGGAGGCAGAGACGACUGAGAAAGUAGAGGCAACUGGGGAUGCGGAGAAUGGGGAGAAGACCGAGGAGAAGGGGGUUAAUGAAACAGGCAAUCCGGAGAAAGAGAAGACGGAGAAGGAAAAGAAGGUGGAGGGGAAACUCUAG